UACGAAAUCAAAAAACCGCAUACCCAUGUGGGUAUCCUCUUCUGUAGCGAGUGCAACAAUAUGCUUUAUCCGAAGGAAGAUAAACGGAACAAACGGCUAAACUACGCCUGUCGAAAUUGUGACUAUACCCAGGAGGCGGACAAUCCAUGCGUCUACAUUAACAAGCUGGAACAAGAAGUUGAUGAACUUGCCCUGAUCGUUCCAGAUGUGGUUCACGAUCCAACGCUGCCACGAACCGAAGAUCACAAGUGUCGAAAUUGUGGGAAACAAGAAGCCGUAUUUUUCCAAUCCCAAACGCUAAAGGCUGAGGAAAAUAUGCGCCUGUACUACGUGUGCACCAACCUCGAGUGUCUACAUAAGUGGACCGAGUAAAUGACGUUAUGUUUUAAGGACCUUGUAAAUACCCAGUCUGUGCAAGUGUUCAUCUUAUUUUCAAAAGCUAUUUGUCUUUUGUUUACGCUGCUGUAUUUCAGUGCCUAGGGUUACCGAUCAGUUUCUGUUGUAUCACGGAACUAAGCGAGCAGGUACCAAAUGAUUGAACGUUACCAGUAUCCGGCUGCUUGAGUAUCGAAGAUGACCCAUGUCCUCAGGUUUCCAAACGAAGGUCACUACUUCUUGUUGUUAAGAUGCCCAGGUUUUUCUCAUUGGCUGCCAAACAUCUCUUGGUCUAACAUGUCUGAAGUGUGCUUCUCUUCCGAAAUGCAUGAAAUUUCACGGCUUUGUCGGAACUGUACAUGUUCGCUCAUAAAACGAAAUUUUAGCAACCCAA